AUGCAUCGCCUAGCAGCUGCCAUGCUCGUGUCGUUGCUCUGCUGCUUCUUGUUCAUCGCCACGCUGAAAGCACAGCAGCAGCCCCAGCCAGCCGCUAGUGAUAACACAGCUAGUCCUCCGAGCUGCAUACCCCACGAGAGGGACGCCCUGCUGGCAUUCAAGCACGCCGUCACCAGCGACCCUGCAGGCCUCCUCACCUCGUGGCGGCGAGAUGGUGGCCACGGCGAGCAGGACUGUUGCCGAUGGAGAGGCGUCCGGUGCAGCAACCGGACUGGUCACGUCCAUGAGCUUCGACUUCGAAACACCAGAGAAGAAGCAGCAGCUAUGGAGGGCAAGAUAAGUCCUUCUUUGCUUGCUCUGGAUCAUCUAGAGCACCUUGACCUCAGCUGGAAUGAUCUAACAGGGCCAAGUGGUCGUCUUCCCGAGUUCUUGGGCUCUCUAAAGAAUCUCUCCUAUCUGAACCUCUCUAGCAUACCAUUCUACGGUGGCCUGCCUCCCCAGUUUGGCAACUUAUCAAGGAUGCAGUAUCUAGAUCUUUCCAAUUCCAACUUUAGGGGAGACACAAACUCGACGGAUCUCUCAUGGUUAACACGCCUUUCUUCUAUACAGUAUCUUAACCUUGACCUAGUGAAUCUCAGCACAGUAGUGGAUUGGCAUCAUGUCAUGAACAUGCUUCCAUCUUUGAGGGUCCUUCAUCUUUCCGACUGCUCUCUUGCAAGCGCAAACCAGUCACUGCCACACCUGAAUCUUACAAACCUCGAGGAGCUAGAUGCUUCCUGGAACUCCUUCGACCAUCCAAUGGUGACCAGCUGGUUCUGGAACAUAACAAGUCUCAGAUACCUUUACCUCCACGCCACUAGUAUGUACGGUCAAUUUCCGGAUGCUCUGGGCGACAUGACAUCCCUUCAAGUCCUUGAUCUUUCAUAUAAUUACAAUAAUGAUGAGAAGUAUCGCAUCAUGACCACGGAUUUGAAGAAUCUAUGCAAUUUGGAGGUCCUGAACCUUGAUUGGGCUCUCUUAUAUGGCGACAUAGCUGAGCUGUUUAGGAAUAAACUACCUCGCUGUUCACCCAACAAAUUGCAAGAAUUGGACCUCAAUUGGAACCAAUUAACUGGGAUGCUACCAAGAUGGAUAGGGCAAUUAACGAGCUUGGUCAUUCUGAAUCUUGGUCGGAACAACAUCACAGGAUCCCUCCCAAUAUCUGUAGGGCAACUUACCGGUUUGUAG